AUGGCAUACCCCGACCGCAACACUGACCGACUCCAGUCGCGUCGCAGCCCCGAACAACAGCGGCAGUCGCCCUAUCGUCGAACAGUCGACAACAACACGAAUUUAUUUGACAUCUCAAGCCCUCGGAGGCCAAUUCGAGAUAGUCCGCAGCAUCGGAGACACUUCAACCAGACAAAUACCUUGAGUGGGGCAUACGCGGCCGCAGGAGGAGAUAAUUUCGCGUUCGACAAUUCCUUCGCGCCGGGGACUCCGAGUCCUAGCAGGAGAAGGAACAUGGCGAUGACCGCCUCCACGUCGCCGCAGUCGAACCCGCCGGAUGAGAUAGUAGCGGCGUACCACCAGAUCAGAGGCGACAAGGGUGAGGUGAAUGACGAUUAUGCGCAGGACUACCUGAGACUUGAUCCAGCGGGACGUUUAUCGCCAGGAGCUGCAGAAAGGUAUGGUGAGGAUGUGUCUCUGGAUCCAUUCGCAUCCGGCGAUGCAGAUUUCUUGGACAACGUUACCGACGGGUCCCCUCGCAGGUCACAUUCGGACUAUAUCGAGGACGAGAGACGGCUCAGACACGUGAUAACCAAUCAAUCGCCAGUGCUCACUAAGAGCGGGAUAAUCUCAGGAUUGACGUCUGAAGAUCUACAGCGGCGCGAGCAGGAGGAUCAAGAAGACUAUCCAGAGAUGGAGGUGGAGGAAGACGACCGCGGGGCUCAACCUUCGUUAAACCUUCCUCGGACCUGGGGUAGCCGUGCCACAAACCGUCGAAGUUGGAUAAGGAAUAUCCCCCCCCAGAACGAGAUUAACUCGCGGAAUCAAGCGGGUCAUCAAGCUGCGGACGACUCCAGGCCAAAGUCCAGACUAGGGUACACGGACACUACCCGCCCAUCUCGGAAUACUGAGCGCCCACCCCGUCGCACAAGUCUCGAGACUCGGAGUGCUCUGAGGGAACGUUCGACGAGUGGUUAUAACCGAAGCGCACCAAAUGAGGAACAAAACAAACCGGUCUCACAACAGAAAGACCAACAAUCAUCUGAAGGGGGUCAGAGCUCCAACACACCCGUCUCGGUUUAUAAAAACUCGACAUUUAGCAAGCGCAGUCCUGCAAAACGUGACUCUCACGAUCUCCUUCGCAAACUAUCCAGAAAUGAGAGCCCAAGAGUGAAUAGUAUUCAGAAUGAGAAUCAAAUGAAGACCCCCGAGCAGACGAAACAGCCUGAAAGACCUAUCUACGAUAAAACACCCGUUGUCACAGGCGCAUGGAUUGAUACACCAAUGACAGAGAAGGUCACUGAACUUCCUGAACACCUUUCAAGGGACAUCGUUCCAUCGCCUCCAAGGAGACAAGAGGCUGAGAAUCCACCCAAACCAAUAGAGCUGCAGACCGAUAACGAGCCAUCCGAACUGCAACCGAGCCGAGAAAGAGAAAAGGAGCCUGCAAAGGAGGAGCGGGUAGAAAAAGGAGAACAAAAGGAAAAGGCAACGGAGAGAGAGAAGGCGAAGGGGACGAAGCCGUCAGUAAUCAAACCUGACAUGCCAGGAAGUGGGCUUGAGGCAUUUCUGCGGGAUCCCAAUGCCAACGGAGAUACCCCAGGAGAUGAUACGCUCGAAUCCCUCCAGGAAAUUCUAAAUGAGCAGCCGACUGAAGUGAAGACUGAAGCGGAGGACGCAGCUUAUGAAAAAGCGAUCCUGAAAAAGCUUGAGCGUGCAAGUCCCGAGGAGCCAGCAAAGGACGAUGUUGAAAAAAUUGAUGGCAACCUAGUAUCCCUGGGAGUGCGCAUCAACGAGAUCAAGGCGGGAAUCGCCAGUAUUGAGGAGAAAUUCAAGCGAGAAGGAAAACACAUCCAUGCCGGCGAGAACUGCUCGUCCUGCGGCUCCCACGGCGACGGCCGUCUUUAUGCUUCCAUUCCAUUCCCAUACCUAUGGCGGCGAGACCCAGUCACACGACGCGUUCGUCCCACCCGCUUGACCUGGUUUUUACUCGUCUUCCUCGUCUGGCUCUUCUCCGAAUCAACCAUGUGCGAUUACUACUGCCGUCCCAGAUUUGCAACAGCCUGCCACGGCAACUGUCUGAAACCAGACGCACCGGAGUUUCCCUUCGUUAUCCCGACGAUGCUAUGGCGCUGGUCGCAUAUUUCGUCGUUUCUGGCCCCAGCUUUCACGAUCGCUUUCGCCUUCUUCAAACUAACCAUGCAGCUAAUGGGACUCUGGGAUGGGUUUGUGGAUGAUGGGCCACCGCCCCGGGCGUUGAACCUUACAGGCGAGGUCCGGAUACAUGGGACACGGAUCGCUGGGUUUUCACCUGCGACAUCGACUCCGGUUAUCAACUCUCCUCCGCAACAGUGGGCGGCUUAUCAUGGGCAGCCGAAUAUUCCGGGACUCGGCGUGCCCCCGUGGGAGGAAGAUCGGUCUUCGAUGGAGGAUGAUGAGCUGCUCUAG